CGGUCAUGUGAUCAGCUGUGAUUAACACUGAUCAUCAGGGCACUGAUGAUCAGUGUGCCCUGAUGAUCAGUGUGGCCCCAGAAGUGCUCACCUGUCACCUAUCAGUGCCACGUGCCAGUGCCCAUCAGUGCCACAUAUCAGUGCAUACCAGUGCACAUCAAUGCCACAUAUCAGUGCCCAUCUGAGCUGCCUUUCAAUGUCACCCAUCAGUGCCAGUCAGUGCCACCUAUCAAUGCCAAUCAGUGCCACCUAUCUGCUGCCAAUCAGUGCCACCUAUCAGUGCCAGUCAGUGUCGCCUAUCAGUGCGCAUCAG